AUGACAGAUAAUACACGUCUUAAGAAGCUUUCUGUGAACGUGUCCAAGAUGCUCGAGAUGUUAGAAGCCGAUAGGCAAGAGAACAAAUCACGAUUCGAAACUCUAGAGGAUGCGAUGGACACAUUGCUGAAAUCGAACAAUGCUGGUGCGAAUCUGCACAUGAACAUAGCGGGAAACAACUCCAUUGGAGGUUCGUCGUCUCCUCCACCGUUUCAGGUACGCAAUGUGAAACUUGACUUCCCUCGUUUCGACGGAUCUGAAGUUCUUCAAUGGAUUUUCAAGGCUGAGCAAUUUUUUGACUACUACAACACUUCAGAUACUCAACGUCUUACCAUUGUUGCAAUUCACAUGGAAAAAGAGGUAGUUCCCUGGUUUCAAAUGACUAAUCAAUCUACUCCAUUUCAGUCAUGGAUUGAUUUUACUCGUGCUUUAGAACUGGAAUUUGGUCCAUCUCCAUAUGAAUGUACUAGAUCUCAGUUAUUCAAAUUGUCACAAAUCGGAUCUGUUCAUGAUUAUUACACUCAGUUCACUGCUCUUGCAAACCGCGUACAAGGUGUUACUAGUGAAGCUUUGAUUGAUUGCUUUGUGGGAGGACUUAAACCUGAUAUUCAACAUGAUGUAAUAGCCCAAUCACCAACUACACUACUACGCUAUGUAUCUUUGGCCAAGCUAUUUGAGGAGAAAUACUUACCCAAGCACAAGCCAUUUCAAAGUCCCUACCAAAAUCGUAACCAAAACACAAACAUAAAUUCAAGCCUACCUUCUUCUCAAUCAAUCAAAUCCACAAGCCUACCACCCUUACUUCCAAGCCCCAAAAUGAAUUACAACUCCAAUUUUCCAAAACCAGGAAAUGUUAGAAGAAUGUCACCAGCGGAAAUGCAGAUUCGAAGGGAGAAAGGGCUAUGUUAUACAUGUGAUGAGAAUUUCACUUCUUCUCAUAGGUGUCCUAAUCGGCAAUACCUACUAUUGCAAAUGGAUGAGGAUGAAAAUGUUGAAGUGCAACCAGAACCACCUCCUAGAAUUGAGGAAACCAUGGGAAAUUUGAAUUUAGACCAUCAUCUAUCUUAUAAUGCCCUUAAAGGUUCCUCUGGCCUAGGAACUAUGAAGUUUAGUGGUACAAUUAAUGGCAUGGUGGUUCAAAUAUUACUUGAUAGUGGUAGUUCAGAUAAUUUUUUGCAACCAAGGAUUGCUAAUUGUCUGAAGCUUCCAAUUGAACUUGCUUCCAAUUUCCAAGUCCUUGGGGGAAAUGGAAACUCAUUAAUUGCUGAAGGUUUGGUGAAGCAACUAGAAGUCAUGGUUCAAGGUCAUUCUCUCAAAUUACCUGUGUACCUCCUACCAAUUGCUGGUUCUGAUUUGGUACUUGGAGCCACUAGGCUUGCUACAUUGGGUCCUCAUGUUUCUGAUUAUAGUCAGCUUACCUUGAAGUUCUAUAAGGACAAUCAGUUUGUCACAUUGCGUGGUGACCAACCUAAAUUAUCGGGCCCUGCUGAAUUUAACCAACUGAGGAGAAUGAAUCAUACAUAUGCUAUAGCUGAAGUUUUUACCUUGCAGUAUAAGCACCAGGAUGUGCCUGAGGAUAAAUGGCUUGAAUUACCUAAAGAUAUGGAACCAGAUUUGGUGAUGUUGUUGCAUAAUUAUAGAAGUAUCUUUGUUGUGCCUAAUGAACUACCUCCUUCAAGAACUCAGAACCAUACCAUUCCAUUGGUAAAGGAUGCCAAACCUGUGAAGGUGAGACCUUAA